UUUUGGGGUAAGCUUUCUCAUUAACUCCCCUCUUUAUCUUUCCUCUUCCUCCCGCUCCUCCUCAUAUUUCCUCGUCGAUGUUCCAAGUGAAGCAUGCCAUUGCCGUCCCAAUCCGAAGGUGAAUUCUAGGGCUCGUCACCUUGCGCUGUCGUACCCUCCUCCUCUGCGAACAGAGCUCUGCACUUCGUGCGCCCAAAGCAUCAGUGGGCAGGAAAGGAACAUUCAAAUUAUUGUGCUAAUUUGAGCCUAAUUAUCAGCCGUUCAAUCCAUUUCUCGUUCAACAAUUCGCUGUCUGAUAAACACCCACCCGUGGAAUGCAAUAUCUUACAUCUUUAACAACAAAGCCCUACAAGUAAGGAGUGCUUGUGGAAGAACGCGAAAUUUCUCUCCUUUCCUUUUGAGACUCCCAGUUAGUGGCUUGUCACCUUGAAGGAAGGACUUCUCUGUUCUUUUAAUUGUUCUCCACUGUGGAUAGAAGGCCAACCAUUACACACACAAAUUAUAAUAGGCUGAUGCUGUACUGUGUUUUAAAUAAAAGGGAGUAGAGAUGGAUGAUAUCAAAGAAGUAGGAAAAGACAUGCAAGAUGUAUUAGACAGGGAUCCAGCCCAAGCUGAAGUUGAAGGAGAGAAGUUGCCUUCAAUAGAGUCAGAGAAAGAACCGCACAAUCUUAGUGACAAUGUCAAGCUUCAACCUAAGGAACAUGACAAUACUUGUCUUGAAUUGCCUGUUGAUGAACAAUGUUCAGUUGAAUCGGUUGCUGUUGAAAAAGCUCCUAAUGCUGAGACUGAUGCGCAUGCUAACACAGAUGCUGAUGCCAACACCAGCAGCCAUGCUAACAUGGAUCUUGAUACUAACAUGAAUGUUGAUGCUAAUAACAAUGGUGGAGGCAACACUACUUCCAGAGGUCAUGCUGCUGUAACCACCAUGGAUGCUGAUGCUAACAUGCAGGCUGAUGCUAUUACACAUGUCAAUGCUAAUGUCAAUACGGGUGUUAAUAUGGAAGCUGAUACUAUUACCGGUAGUGGUGCUACAACCAAAGCAGACGCUGAUAUUGAUGCUAAUCCAGAUAGUGGUGGUGAUGUGAAGAUUGACUCUGAUGCUAACCCUGAUGGCGAAGUUAAGAUUGAUGGUGAUGCUAACAUCAAUGUUGAUGCUGAUGCUAAUGAACAAUGUCGUAAUAGUAUGACUGAGGGCAUUAGCCGUCACCUGUCAGGUCACCUAAAGUCAGAGAUGAAGUCUGAAGAGAAUGAGAAGGGGGAGGAAGUGAAAAAUGGGGUGAGUGGGAUGGAGUUGCUUCCAGAAAAUGAAAUUAAGGUGGAAGUGUCAAAAGCAGAGUUGGGUGCAAAGCGGUCAUUUCUUUGGGAACCGCAUGAGGAUGAGGGCAGUGAGUCGGGAACAGAAGAGGAGCAAACCGCAUUCAUGCAGGAGCUGGAAACUUUUUUUAAGGAAAGGAGCAUGGAAUUUAAGCCUCCAAAGUUCUACGGAGAGGGUUUGAAUUGCCUUAAGUUGUGGAGAGCUGUGACCAGACUAGGCGGCUAUGACCAGGUGACUUCUGGCAAGUUGUGGCGACAAGUGGGAGAAUCGUUCAAGCCACCAAAGACCUGCACUACUGUCUCCUGGACUUUCCGUUGUUUUUAUGAGAAGGCACUGCUUGAAUAUGAAAAGCAUGAAUUGCAUGGUGAUGAACUUUCUCUUCCUGAUACUUCCUUUACAGAGCCAACAAGUGUCAAAAAUCAGGUUGUUGGUAAUACAACAUCAGGCAGGACGCGGCGGGAUGCUGCAGCUCGUGCAAUGCAGGGUUGGCAUUCUCAGCGUCUUCUUGGUAAUGGUGAGGUUGGUGACCCUAUCAUUAAGGAUAAGAAUUCAAGUUCAAUGAUGAAGCGUGAAAAACAGCUCAAAAGCAUUGGUUUACUAAAGCGUAAAAAGCCAUACAUUGUUGAUCGUGUCGUCAAAGCUGCACGCAUGAAAGCAACAAAGCCACAAUCUGAUACAAUGGUUGUUGAUAUUGGACCAUCAGCUGACUGGGUGAAAGUCAAUGUGCAGCGAACUAAAGAUUGCUUUGAGGUGUAUGCCUUGGUUCCUGGACUUCUACGGGAGGAGGUGCGUGUUCAAUCUGAUCCGGCAGGACGUUUGGUUAUAUCUGGCCAACCAGAGCAGCUGGAUAAUCCUUGGGGCGUCACACCAUUUAAAAAGGUUGUCAGCUUACCAUCAAGAAUUGAUCCACAUCAAACUUCCGCUGUGGUGACUUUGCAUGGUCAGUUGUUUGUGCGUGUUCCAUUUGAGCAAUCUGAUCUAUAAAAUGUGUGGAGAGGAUUGUUGCUUUUCCCAUGAGCAGAGAUGCUGUGUUCAAUGGUUUUUUAGGAGAUGAUUGAAGUUCCUCUGUAGAUUGGUAGUUAAAGUUCUUGGAAGAUCUAACUGUUGGGAGUUAAAUGCUCAGUGAGUUCGAAACUUGCUAGUUCCUAGACUAAGCCCAAAAUGGGAUCUUCAUAUUUACAUCCGCCCCAUUUGAUUACCCAUUGAGUUUGAUUGUAGUGGAUCCAUCUGUGACUGGGCUCUUGUGGGGUUAUUUUGUAUGGAAGCUACACGCUCCAUUGUAAUUUAGGUUAUUCAAGCCAUUUUUUUUUUUUUUUUAAAUUUUUCCAAUUGCUGUUAUUUUUUCUCCCGAUUGGGUGCAUCUAACAGUCAUCUGGGUUCAAUUGCUUAAGAACUUCGUUGCACUCCCCUCCCAGCCGAAGAAAUGGUGACAUUUUUUCUGACCUACAUGAGCUACCGAAUUCAAUUUUGGGCCCUUCUACCUUACAUAUAGGCAUGCUAAUGCCUGAUUUAUAGUAGGGUAUAUAUAUGUCAUGAAUUUCAAAGAUGUUUUAACAUAGAAUUGCUAUUUAUUUAUUUGUUGGCCAGAAUGAUCAGAAAUGGAAGUUUAUAUUAGGGGUGAGCACGAAGUUAAUC